UUGCUUGUUUUCGGUUUGAUUAUUUUCGUCGAUCUCGAGAGCACAAAAUCAAAAAUGCUAAUCUAAUAAUUGUGCACAAAAUACUUUAUAAAUUGCAUUCGAAAUCGCUAAAAUGUCUAGCGACGAGCAUCACGAGGAAGUAGUGGAGAUUGUCGAGGAGGACAAUUUGAAUUUCAUCGCAGAAGACUCAGAUGUAACAUGCAGGAUUUGUCAAGCGGAAUUCCUGGACCCCGAAGACCUGAGAAUACACCUGGAGCAAGUCCACAGGGGUACUGGAUCGCGAGGAUGUUAUUUUUGUCCACAAACCUACACAGAUAUGAUAGAUUUUGCCGAACAUUUUCGCGAUAAACAUCUUGUUAGCUUAUUUUACUGUUUAUAUUGUCUACGCUCAUUUACGAACGAGAAGGAAUAUAAAUUACAUGAGAGGAAGCAUAAACAAGGUACUAAGUCCACAUACAGCUGUGCUAUAUGCAGUGAGAGGUACGGGAGCCUCUCGGAUUUGCGGAAACAUGAUCUUAUUCAUCAAGAAGACAGCGAUGAAGGUUAUGUGAUACAGGAUCUUCUUCCAUACCUGUCUGCUGUGUUGAAAUUCAAGGCAGUAACCGCUUUACUGUCUCAGCAUAAACCAACCGUUCAUACAUGUAUGUGUUGUCACUUUACGACAACGGAAUUGGAAGAUAUCAUAGCACAUUCUCAGAAUAAUAAGAAAUGUAAGAUCUAUGUUUGUCACAAAUGUACCAAUGUGUACAAGAAUAAGGCUGCGUUGCAAUCGCAUUUGGAGAAGGUCUGCGAGAAAUAUAAACCGUACGGUCCAGUCGAGUGUCCGGACUGUAAAGUUAUUUACAAUUCGUUGGUGUUUUCAAAGCAUAAGAAAGUUUGUAAGAUUAUCAAAUGCUUUACCUGUGGAACCCAGUACCCGUCGAUGUACGAAUUAACCGAACAUCAGUCUAAAGACCAUCCGUUGUCUAUUGAGCUGGCAACGUGCAAGUUUUGCUGGAAACAAUGUGUCGGUACGAUUGCGUUGGAAAAACAUAUAGAGAGAACUCAUAAACCACACUUGCAUCUUUAUAAAUAUCUUUGCACAAAUUGUAAGAUGCCUUUUAAGCAUCCGCAGAAGCUGUUCGCUCAUUAUUUUACAAUGCACAAAGACAUAGAACCGUAUACUUGCAAGAUUUGUUCCAAAACAUUCAGAAUAAGAAAGCAGUUUACAUUGCAUAUUAAACUGGAGCAUAAAAGCGUUGGAUUCGUUGAGUUUGAUGAGAAUUAUCACGUGUUCUUUACUGAGAAGAAGUCGGAAAACCCUUUUAUUCCUAAGAGUCUGUAUGAGAAUGAGGAAGAGAAGGAGAAAGAGACUGUUACAGAAACCACAGAUGAUACAAACUUGUCCAUUCUGAACAUGAAUUCAGAAAUGUCUGAAACGGAAGGCAAUCAGACAGAAACUGGCCUCUUAGUGCCUAGGAAACGUAAAAGAGGGCCCGCAAAAGGCCGUAAAAAGACUCAAAAUGUCAUAACUAUAUUAUCAUCGGACGAUGAACCUUUAGAAGUUCUGAGAAAGAAAACAGAACCUGCGCAGAAUGUAACAGCUACCAGUUGGAAGAAGAAACAGCAGGCGAUUAACAAAAAACGGUUUACUUGCACCAUUUGUAACAAAUACUGCUAUACGUAUCAAAAUUAUAACCAUCAUGUGAGCCUCCAUUCGAAAAAUGAAUACAAAAAGUGUAUAAAAUGCUCUAAAGUGUUCCGAAGUAAAGAAAAACUGACUAGACACAUGAAUAAUGAACACUCCUCCUCAAAACUCACUGAUACUCUUAAAACUAUGUUAGAGAAAAGGAAAAAUGGUGAACGUAUUAUAGAUAGCCUACCAAUGUCAGAAAGAUUUAGACGGACUAUUAAAAAAGUGGAUUGUGAGAACACAGGCGUGGUAGCCAACAUAAAGCAAGUAGAAGACGGUCUUUCAGUUCAGAAAUUCAUUGAAAAUUUUAUGCCUGAAGAAAAUAGAUCGGACAGUCCAAUUGAUAAUAGUGUUACCGUGACAAUGGUAAGUGGUGUCGAAAAGAAAUCGUCGAUUAAAAUGACCAAGUUUAAUUUAAAACCGUUACCAGAAAGUACGAAGUUGGCAAUGCCUGUUAAAUUCAAACCGAAUCAGUUUGAGAAGACGGUAGCUAGCAUCCGAUUAGUACAAGCUGUUUCGUAUCAAGAAGACAGUCAAGACAACGAUAGCCAAUCGUAUAACGAAGAUAUGGAGAGAAAUGAAUCGAUACCAGAAGUGGCAGAAGAAAUAAUGCUUGAAGGUACAGAGGAAACGCCAAAAUCGACACAAAUACCGCAUAAAAUUGUGAUACCGAAACUCCCGACAAUGUACAAGGAUCUUCGGAUCGCCCAUUUGCAUCCCCAAGCGCCUUAUUACAAAAUUGUGACCGUGAAUGAAGUUUUAAACGCGGCCGAUAAGCCUGUGGUUAAAAAGGCACCUACCAAUAAGAGUGAUACGAUAAAAUUACCGGAUGGGACGAAAUUGGUUACUACAAACCCCUUAGCUCAUUUAUUAGGGAAGACGCCUAUUGAAAAAGUCAUGGAACCAAUGAAAAAUAGGUAUUAUAAAUAUAAAGAGAGGAAUUUGCCUAAAAUGCUAGCUGAGGCGUUGAGUAAUUUGGAUAAGCCUUUGGUUAGAAAGAAGAAAUUGACUGAUGAUAAUUUUUCUGAAGUUAGUAGUUAGACGUCGCAGACAGUCUGGGGCUCCGACUCGAAGAGCAGUACCUUUUUUUUGAUGGGGGUAAAUCAUCCAAUUAGUUCUCCCGCCUUGGGUGAGAUGACAGGGAGUGUCAGACUCUUACUGAUUAAAAACCACCCCGUUUCUUCACCAGAGCAGUACCCUUAGUAAGAGUUUGCUUUACGUUUAAUAAUCUUCAAGAUUAAUAAUCUAAAUGAGACCGCGUCCGGGCUUUGAUUGGUUGGUUUAUUCGAGCCGGCCAAUCAAAGCGUCGAAAUUAUACUUUUGUUUAAUUUCAGAGUAAUCUUUUUCCAAUUUUUUUAAACGUAAAGCAAACUCAUACUAAGGUUACAGGAGUAGGAACGGGGUGAUUUUUAGUCUGUAAGAGUCUAACACUCCCUCUCGCCUCAGCCACGGCGGAAAAAGUCAUAGUCAUUGGAUGAUUUUCCCCCCUCAAAAAAAGGCAGACAGUCGCUGUAUGCGGGUCACUUCCAACCUCGCGAUUCUAUGAAGGACUGUUGCAGUAGACAUGUUGCUGAUAUUGUUGAUCAUAGUGAAUUAACUAAAACAUGGUCUACUCACGUACAUUAAUGGAGAAAAGAUCUACAAGUUUUGAGUCACAGAGGGACUCUGUUAGCCUAAUAAUUACGUGAAUAAACCGUGAUUUUUAGUUAAUUUAGUCUCAUGAUAGUCUAAAUAUCAAUGUUAUUUCAACAAUAAGAACACUAUGUUUUGUUUUUAAUACAUUAAAUGUAUUUUUUUGGUUGUUAUGAGUUCAUAAAGUUGUCAAAAUUUUAGUCUUGUAAUUUUGAAUAGAAAAAAUUCAGCGUCCUUUGGCCAAUACAAAAUUAUGUUUUUGUUUUCGUUUACUUUAAAAUGUAAUCUAGCAGUCAAUUGUCUAAUAUUUUAAGGAUUUUAGGGCAUUUCAUUUAAUAGAUUUUUUACUUUAUUGCAAUGUGAUACGGUUGAAAAUCUAUUAUAAUCUUCAUGACUUUGGCGACUAAAUUCUGUCGUUAGCAAAGCUCUAUGCAAUAGUUAUUUUACUCCUAGUUAUAAAUAUGAAGUAAUAAUGUUAAAUAUAUAUUAUAGACUUUAAAAUAAAUGUACAUAAUAUUUUUUA